AUGCACCCCUAUGCUCGAACGUUGCAGUCUUAUCAUCAGCCGCAAAAUCGGCCCUCUUCUUCAUCUCCUUCAACACUCGCGAGCAGUACCAACAACACUACUAACAACAAUAAUUAUGGCAUUUUGACAGGAUCACAACAACAACUAUCUCAUGCCCUUCCAUUCUCACCAACAACAACAACUGCCAGCUCCGAUCGCUUUGCUCCCACGGAAAACCCUUUUGAUGGAUUAUCCAAUUACAAUCCAAAUGUUGUUGCGGAUCACCAACAGCAAUUAAACGAUGCUGUUCAUUAUCAUCAUCAGACACCACCUGUCUAUAAUCCAAACUAUACGAUUCCAACUACUCAGCCACCUCCACAAGUGCCAUAUUCAACUCCAUUCAACAGUACGCAUUCACAAUUUAUUCCUUGUCUUGCAAAAGAAGAACAACCAACCUUUCAAUAUUUUGGAAUUGGCCCUCAUUGUUGCUGGGAAAUUUUAAUUUGGAUUUUGAGUAAGCUUACAUUUGGCAUUAUUGAGGCUUUUGUUGCUCUCAACAUGUAUCGUUCCCAAGUCACAGAAAUGAUAAUUGCAGGCAGAAGAUUAGAGUUUGAUAUGAGCGACCCAUACAUGAAAGUGCCUAUCCUUUGCGUGAUUAAUAACUUUAUCAAUGAUUGUACGUUUGGAUUGUGGUACUUUAGUGGCAUGAUGCAUCUCUUUUAUUACAGCGAGUUUGACAGAAGAAUAUCAUGGGGAGAAGUUGUCGACCCGAACGAAGCAUCCAAGGUCGUUUGGCACCCCAAUGACAGCGGAAAAGGUCAAUUCAAAAUCUUCAGCGCCUAUCCUGGAAUUUUCACAGAAGCCAUAACAUGGAUUUGCCGUUUGCUCUCAGCAACUUUUCUUUUAGGUUUCGCAGAGCCAUGGAUUAAGAGUUACUAUUACCAACACUUAAUGCCCAACAUGGAGUUUGGAGGAUUGGGAUCUUUUGCUGCAGCCAAUAUCAAGCCUGGAUUUGGAAGAGAAAAACUCAAAGUUAAGUUCUCAGCCUCUGGUUCUAGAAUGUUCUUUCGCUUUUUGCAAGGCCACCUUCUUGUAAUAAUCUCGUUGGGCGCAUUUUUGUGUUGCUUUGGAAAUUGGAUUGACGCUUUCAUGAAUCGAUACAUUACCGUAGAUGAGAGUGCAGCUCCUUCACUGGCCUCCUUCAGAAUUAAGGAUGAGCAGACAGAUGAAAACUACUAUGUUCAGGAAUAUCAUGAACAUUACAGAGACAAUAAGAUAUAA